AUGGAAGAAUAUCCACCUAUUAAUAUUCGUUUAGCAGUAAACAGAGCCGAUUUAAAUUUAUUAAAAAAUAAAGAUAUACAACCUCGAAUAUAUACUCCUGGAGAAGAAAUUUCUAGUCAAUCUGAUUUCUUAAGAGGACAUGGAACAUAUGUAGAUGACGAAAAUACAUUACGUGCAUCUGUAGCUGGUAUUUUAGAAAAAGUAAAUAAGCUUAUUUCGAUAAAACCUUUAAAAGCACGUUAUCAAGGUGAAAUAGGAGAUGUAGUUGUUGGACGUAUAACUGAAGUACAACAAAAACGAUGGAAAGUUGACACAAAUUCCAAACUUGAUUCUGUAUUAUUACUCUCCAGUGUUAAUUUACCAGGUGGAGAAUUGAGAAGAAGAUCAGCUGAAGAUGAACAAACUAUGAGACGUUAUCUUCAAGAAGGAGAUUUAAUUUGUGCAGAAGUACAAAGUACUUUUGUAGAUGGUUCUCUUUCAUUACAUACUAGAGUUUUAAAAUAUGGUAAAUUAUCUCAAGGUAUAAUGUUAAAAGUUUCACCAGCUCUUAUAAAACGGAAAAAGACACAUUUUCACACUUUAGAAAAUGGUGCAAGUUUAAUAUUAGGAAAUAAUGGUUAUAUAUGGAUUGGAGCUAGUAGACAAGAUACUGAUAGAUCAGAAGGUGGUUUCACACAGGACUUAUCAAGAAUUCCUCAAGUAAACCGUGAAGUUUGUGCACGAUUACGUAAUUGUAUUUUAAUUUUAGCACAAUGUAAUAUCCAACUUACAGAUACAUCUGUUACAUAUGCUUAUGAAGAAUCUAUGAAAUAUAAAGUAAAUGAAUUAUUGGAACCUGAAUUACACCAAAGAAACAUGGAUGCAUGUUUUACUGCAUUUGAUAAAGAUGGAGAUGGAUAUUUAUCUAUUACAGAAUUUGAAUUUAUUUGUCGUGCACUAUUUCGCAAUGAUCGUGGAAAAGUAUAUAAUGUUGAAGAAAAUCAAUUAAAAGAAAUAUAUUCAGUAUUUGACUUGAAUGGAGAUGGAAAAAUUGAUAGAGAAGAAUUUGAAAUAUGUUGGAACCGUUGGAUUAAAAUAUGCACCCGUCCAAAGAGUGCAUUUUUAAUUGUGGAUGUUCAAAACGACUUUAUAACAGGUUCUUUAAAUAUUAAACAAUGUGCUGCACAACAUGAUGGUUCAGAAGUAAUUGACCCAAUUAAUCGUUUAUUGGAAACUGUACAAUUUGAUGCAGUAUUUUAUUCUCUUGAUUGGCAUCCUAUAGAUCAUGUAUCUUUUAUUGAUAAUUUACAUCUAAGAGAAAUUGAUCCCAGUAGUGGAACCUCAAAAGAAACAGCACAAGUUUAUGAUACUAUAACAUUUAGAGGUCCACCAUUAUUAAAACAACGUCUAUGGCCUCGUCAUUGUAUUCAAGAUUCUUGGGGUGCUGAACUUCAUAAAGAUCUGAAAAUUAUAGAUAAUGCAAUUAAAAUAUAUAAAGGAACUAAUUCAGAAGUAGAUUCAUAUUCAGUCUUUUGGGAUAAUAAAAAGAUGAUGGAAACAAGUUUAUCUUCACAAUUACAAGAAAAAGGGGCAACUGAUAUAUAUAUAUGUGGAUUAGCCUAUGAUGUUUGUGUUGGAGCUACUGCUGUAGAUGCACUUACAAGCGGUUAUCGGACUAUUCUCAUUGAUGAUUGUAGUCGAGGAGUAGAUCUUGUUGAUAUUGAAAAAACUAAAGCUACUGUUAUAGCUAAUAAUGGAGUAAUUGUAAAUUCAAGUCAAGUAAAAGCAAUGGUUGAAGGAAAAGAUCGCCGACCAGAACUUGGAUAUAAGUUAGCUAUAGAAAUUAAACAAAAAUUAACUUUUGUAGAUGACGAUAAUCAGUAAUUUUAUUUUCUUGUAAUUUAAAAAAUAGUACAAAAUGUUAU